AAGGGAGUUUUAAAAAUCAUUGAACCUGGAAGAUCAAAAGAAAUACAAGCAUGUUGUGCUGGGGAAAUGCAUCCUUUGGACAGCUAGGAUUGGGUGGAAUUGAUGAAGAAAUUGUACUAGAGCCCAGGAAAAGUGACUUUUUCAUAAACAAAAAGGUCCAAGAUGUAGGAUGUGGACUCAGACAUACAGUAUUUGUCCUGGAUGAUGGAACAGUAUAUACUUGUGGCUGUAAUGAUCUAGGACAAUUGGGUCAUGAAAAGUCCAGGAAGAAGCCAGAGCAGGUUGUUGCGUUGGAUGCCCAAAAUAUAGUAGCUGUUUCCUGUGGAGAAGCUCAUACACUUGCACUCAACGAUAAGGGCCAGGUGUAUGCUUGGGGACUUGAUACCGAUGGACAGCUGGGUCUGCCAGGGACAGAAGAGUAUAUCAAAGUGCCCAGAAAUAUUAAAAGUUUGACAGAUAUUCAGAUAGUACAGAUUGCCUGUGGUUAUUAUCAUUCCCUUGCACUCUCAAAAGGAAGUGAAGUUUUUUCCUGGGGACAGAAUAAGCAUGGCCAGUUGGGUUUAGGCUUUGAGCUGAGAAGUCAGAGUGCCCCGCAGCUGAUUAAAUCUCUGCUUGGAAUCCCUUUCAUGCAGGUAGCUGCAGGGGGAGCACACAGUUUUGUGCUUACCCUUUCUGGAGCGAUCUUUGGAUGGGGACGGAACAAGUUUGGUCAGCUGGGUCUUAAUGAUGAAAAUGAUAGGUUUGUUCCUAAUUUGCUGAAGUCACUAAGAUCACAGAAAAUAGUUUAUAUUUGUUGUGGAGAAGAUCAUACAGCAGCUCUUACCAAGGAAGGUGGGGUCUUCACAUUUGGAGCUGGAGGCUAUGGUCAGUUGGGGCAUAACUCGACCAGCCAUGAGAUAAACCCCAGAAAGGUUUUUGAACUUAUGGGAAGCAUUGUCACACAGAUUGCAUGUGGACGGCAGCACACUUCUGCUUUUGUUCCUUCAACAGGAAGAAUUUAUUCUUUUGGGCUUGGUGGCAAUGGACAACUUGGAACUGGUUCAACAAGCAACAGAAAAAGCCCUUUCACAGUGAAAGGAAAUUGGUUUCCUUAUAGUGGAAAGUGUCCACCAAGUAGUGAUGGUGAAGAGUACUUCUGUGUGAAAAAAAUUUUCUCAGGUGGUGAUCAAAGUUUUUCUCAUUAUUCUUGUCCACAGAGCAUUGGGCCACCAGAUGAUUUUCGGUAUCUUGAUCCUUCAAAACAGAUCUGGACUAUAAAUGAAUCUCUCAUUCAAAGAUGGCUGAGCUACUCUUCUGGAAGGUUUCCAUUGGAAAUUGCCAAUGAGAUUGAUGGAACCUUUUCUUCUGCUGCUUGUCUAAAUGGCAGUUUUUUAGCUGUUAGCAACGAUGAUCAUUAUAGAACAGGUUCCAAGUUCUCAGGGGUUGAUAUGAAUACUGCUAGGCUUCUCUUUCACAAACUUAUACAACCUGAACACCCUUUCAUAUCUCAGCAGGUGGCAGCUAGUUUGGAAAAGAAUCUUAUUCCCAAACUGACUAGUUCUUUACCUGAUGUUGAAGCUUUGAGAUUUUAUCUCAUUCUACCAGAAUGUCCGCUGAUGAGUGAUUCCAAUAAUUUCACAACAAUAGCCAUUCCUUUUGGAACUGCACUGGUGAAUCUAGAAAAGGCACCAUUACGAGUACUUGAAAACUGGUGGUCUGCGCUUGAGCCUCCCCUGUUCCUCAAGAUAGUACAGUUGUUCAAGGAAGUUGUGGUUCAUCUCUUGAAACUCUACAAGAUUGGAAUCCCCCCUUCUGAAAGAAGAGUUUUCAAUAGCUUCCUUCACACUGCUCUAAAAGUUUUGGAAAUAUUGCAUAGGGUAAAUGAGAGAACAGGACAGAUUAUACAAUAUGACAGGUUUUAUAUUCAUGAAGUACAAGAAUUAAUAGACAUACGGAAUGACUACAUCAACUGGGUCCAACAACAGGCCUAUGGAAUGGAUAUCAACCAUGGAUUGACUGAGUUAACGGAAAUCCCAGUUACAAUUUGUACUUAUCCAUUUGUAUUUGAUGCCCAGGCAAAAACUACACUGUUACAAACAGAUGCAGUCUUGCAGAUGCAGAUGGCUAUUGACCAAGCCCACAGACAGAAUGUCUCCUCUCUUUUUCUCCCAGUGAUUGAGUCUGUGAAUCCAUGUCUAAUUCUUGUAGUCCGUAGAGAAAAUAUUGUAGGCGAUGCAAUGGAAGUCCUUAGGAAAACAAAGAAUAUAGAUUACAAAAAGCCACUUAAGGUUAUUUUUGUAGGAGAAGAUGCUGUUGAUGCAGGAGGUGUACGCAAAGAAUUUUUCCUGCUUAUCAUGAGAGAGUUGCUGGAUCCAAAAUAUGGCAUGUUUAGAUAUUAUGAAGACUCUAGGCUUAUAUGGUUUUCUGAUAAGACCUUUGAAGACAGUGAUUUGUUCCACUUGAUUGGAGUUAUCUGUGGAUUAGCAAUUUAUAACUUUACUAUUGUAGACCUCCAUUUUCCUUUGGCUUUGUACAAGAAGCUGCUGAAAAGGAAGCCUUCCCUAGACGAUUUGAAGGAAUUAAUGCCUGAUGUUGGGAGAAGCAUGCAACAGUUGCUCGAUUAUCCAGAGGAUGACAUAGAGGACACAUAUUGUAUUAAUUUUACGAUCACCGUUGAGAACUUUGGUACAACUGAGGUGAAAGAACUGAUUCCUAAUGGGGCAGAAACUCUUGUUAAUAAACAAAAUCGAAUGGAAUUUGUUGAAUCUUACGUGGAUUACAUAUUCAAUAAAUCAGUGGCUUCCUUAUUUGAUGCUUUUCAUGAAGGCUUUCAUAAAGUCUGUGGUGGAAAAGUCCUCCAGCUCUUCCAUCCUAAUGAACUACAGGCAAUGGUGAUUGGGAACACAAACUAUGAUUGGAAAGAACUUGAAAGGAAUACAGAAUACAAAGGGGAAUAUUGGGCAGAACAUCCUACAAUAAAAAUUUUCUGGGAAGUUUUUCAUGAAUUGCCAUUGGAAAAGAAAAAACAGUUUCUCUUAUUUUUGACAGGUAGUGAUCGGAUUCCUAUCCUUGGUAUGAAGAGUCUUAAACUGGUCAUUCAGUCAACUGGAGGUGGAGAGGCCUAUCUCCCAGUCUCCCACACCUGUUUUAAUCUUCUCGAUCUUCCAAAAUACACAGAGAAAGAAAUUCUACGUUCUAAACUGAUCCAGGCCAUUGAUCACAACGAAGGCUUCAGUUUAAUAUAACUUUAGAGGUAUUCUGACUAGUUAGUUUAAUGCAGCAGCAUUAAACUACUUCUUUGUGUCUUUCAUGUGGUGGGGAGUUCAGUGGACGCGGUGUCAGAGAUGACAAUAUGAUUAAUUGCUUAUUUACAGAAUGUUCCGUGACAUACAGAUAUUCAUGGAAGCCAAAAAGUCCUAAAAGAAAAUGAACAAACUAUGUUAAUACUAGACUUAUUGUACAGAACCAUGGACAUUUUUUUGUCAUCUACCAAUAAACAUGCAAGUGGUGUGAAUACC